UUUUUUUUUAUUUUAUUUUAUUUAUAAUAACAAUGAGUGAAAGACAAUCAAAAACAGUUCAAGGGAGACAUGAACGUAUACUAAAUGAACUUACAAAAAAGCCAGGAAAUGAAACCUGUGCUGAUUGUGGUGCUAAAAACCCCCGUUGGGCUUCCUAUUCACUUGGUAUAUUCCUUUGCAUUCGUUGUGCUGGAAUUCAUCGUAAAAUGGGUACACACAUUUCAAAAGUAAAAUCAAUCACAAUGGAUCAAUGGACUACAGAACAAAUCGAGUUGAUGCGCAAUUCAGGGGGCAAUGUUAUUGUAAAUAAUAAAAUUAAUCCCAAUCCCGGGAAUCAUCCUCGCCCAUUAGCUACAGAUGAUGAACAUGCUAUGGAAAAAUACAUUCGAGCAAAAUGGGAAAAGCGCUCAUUCAUGUCUGUAUCUUCACCACCGGUAAUGAGUUCAACUGCAAAGCUCACAGUUCCUCCAAAAAGGUCUUCAUCUGUUCCUACUUUUAGUGGUAGUAGUAGUAGUCAUACGAACAAUUUAACAACAGCACUAAAUCAGUUAAGCAGUAUGGGAUUUAAGAAUGAAGGAAAAAAUAAGCAAGUUUUGAUUCAGACUCAGGGCAAUCUUAAAUCUGCAGUUGAAAUCCUAUCAAAAUCAACGGAUGAAUCAAAGGUAGAGCAAUUAAUAAAAUUAGGAUUUAAUGACAAAAGCAAUAAUAUGGAAGCGCUUCGACGUGCAGGUGGUAACAUAGAUAUUGCAAUGACAAUUUUAAGUGAAAAGAAGACUUUUGCUGGUCAAUCUUCUUCUUCACUAUUAAUUAAUGUUGAUUCUACACCAGUGACCACUACUACUGCAAGUAACCCAUUUAUCACAACUCACACUCAAGUUCACCCACAACCAUUUGUUCAACAAAAUACUACCUUAUUUAAUAAUAAUCCCUUUGGUAAUGCUUUAUCAACUUCAACCUCGUCGCCCACUUCAUUGUUUCCACCAAACCCACAAUUAACUAGUGCUUCUUUUAAUCCUUUUUCACAAAUGGUAACCAUGGCUAACUAUAAUAAUUCUUCACAUUAUCUACAACCUACCGCUCCUCCAAUUCAGCAGCAAACAAUACAACAAAUGUCAGGAAUAUUUUCUAGCCCACAACAGCAAUCCUCUAUAUUCCAGCAGCCACAACAGCAACAGCCACAAAAUCAACAGCAACAAUUUUGGUCUACAAAUAGUUUAUUUUAAAUUUGUAGGCAACAGUUGUAACUUUGUGUUAUACAAGCCUAUAAUAAUAUUUAUAUAAUUAAAAAAAUAAAAAAUAAAAGAUGGGAAUAAAAAAAAAAUUGCCC